AUGGGUCGAUGCUUUAUUAUUGUUGCCAGCACAGUAGUGGCCUUUUUCAUUGCGCUCUGCAUUUGUCGUCGAACGCUUCGAAACCACCAGGCCAGCGUGGAGAACUCGGUGCAGACCGAACGUAGGGACAAAGAGUACUCGCUGACAGGAGAAAGCGAUGUUGGGCUUGACAAUUGCGCCGAAGAGGCAUCAACCUAUCACCGAGCCAAACUUUUCUUUCCAACGCUAGAUUUGACAUUUGAAGACGCGACGGAAUACCAGUGCAACAAGUGGGAUUAUCAGCUUCGAGGUUGGAGUUCGCCCACCGUUCGAAUCAAGGAUAUUGUCAAGGAUCACGUGAAACGAGAAUUGACGGCAAUGAGCUCGGAAGAAAAGGAACACUUGCUGAAACUAGAAAAUGCCGUUGCAUUUUGCUUGAAAAUUGGGAUGAAUAAAGAUGUCGUGGAGAUGAAGUUUGAAGCCGCCCACCAACUUGACCAUGACAAUCCAUUUGGAGAGGUCAACGACUGUAUCCAAGAUGGAGCUCGCGUUGAUCGCAUCGCAGAGCUCAUCAAGCAACUUCCACCCGAAAACGGCUUUGCUCUCAACGACGACGAGAAUGCUGACGAGAUCGAUGACUCCAAGUAUCACUUGUUGUAUACAUGGGGGUAG